AUGGAGACCAAAAGCAAGGAAGCAGCCCAGCAGAGCCAGGAGGACGAGAAAAGUGUCCUAGAUAUGAAAAGACAUGAUCCGGAGCAAGGUCGAGGAGCUCAUACUAAACUCGUUAUCGACAGCGCAGAGGCUGCCACCUGGGAUGAGGCAUUCCUCGUUAAGUUCAGCCCAGAUGAUGCUGAGAAUCCCCUCAAUUGGUCUAAGAAGUUAAAAUGGGGACUCACAGCGGCGAUUUCUGGCACUAACUUUACUCGUAUUAUGGUCUCGACGAUGAUGGCACCUGCAAUCAACACUAUUGCACUUGAGUUAAACAUGUCAACCACCGAGUCAACUAUGGCCCUAUCAGUAUAUCUCUUAGCGACAGUAUUUGGCCCGCUUAUUAUUGGCCCUAUAUCAGAGGGCUUGCUUAUUUCUGCUCGCCUCCUAGCUGGAUUUGGCGCCAGUGCAGUAUAUAGCCUGGGAUACGGCGUGCUUGGUGAUAUAUGGUCAGCAGAGCAGAGAGGAUGCUCAUUGAGCCUAUACCUACUAAUUCCUCUAACUGGCUCUGCUGUUGGUCCUAUUGUGGCCGGUUUUAUUAUUAAGUAUUCUACCUGGCGAUGGAUGUUUUGGGCAACUACUAUUCUCCAGGCUAUUCUUGAGCUAUUGUCUAUGCUCCUAUUUCACGAGAGCUACGCGCCUAUUCUUCUUUACCAACGAGCUAAGAAAUGGCGCAAAGAGACUGGCAAUCUUCGCUACCACACCGAGGUUGAGAUACGUGAAUCCGGCCGCUCUACCUCCUGGAAGCUAAGACAUAGCCUCUCCCGCCCUCUCCGCCUCCUGAUAUUCCACCCAAUCAUCCAGAUCCAGGCCAUCCUAGAAGGCAUCAACUACGGCCUGCUGUACUUUGCGCUAGCAAGCUUCUCUGCCCUCUAUGUCUCCGCUUACGGUGAAUCUGUAUCCAUCUCUGGCCUGCACUACAUUUCUAUCUGUAUCGGAAGUAUCUCCGGCUCUCAAAUCUCUGGGCCGCUCAUGGACUAUGCAUAUAGGAGGUUGACAAGCCACACUGGUGAUACCAAUGUACCUGAGCUCCGCAUCCCCCUUCUGCUCCCGGGUGCCCUCUUUACGCCUAUUGGCUUCCUGCUCUAUGGCUGGGCUGCACAAUAUCACCUCUUCUGGGUUGUUAUCGAUAUUGGUGCCGCUAUACUAUCCCUUGGUAUGCAAAUAUUUGAUACCACGCUAUCCGCAUAUGUUAUGGAUGCCUACCCAGAGCACAUUGGCUCAGCAGCUGCUGCGACCCAGGUGCUAAGAAGCCUGCUAGCUUUUGCGUUCCCGUUGUUCUCCGACAAGCUGUACAAAUCACUGCAGUACGGAUGGGGGAACAGUCUUUUGGCGUUUCUAUCAGCUGGGGUUACACUACCAGCGACCGGUGUACUCUGGUGUUACGGUGCUAAGUUAAGGGGGAGGGGGCAGUCGAGCUAUUAG